UGGAACAAAAAGAAAACGACCCGGAUACUGGGGGAUAUCCCCGAUUGUUUGACCGAACAGAACACCGAGCGUCGUUGUUCGAGGCUAAGCUAACAAGCAGCUACGGGUGGGGGGUUGAUGAUUAUUUCUUUUUUUUUUCUACUCCCCUUCGAAAGCGAAUUUAAAAAUACCGUGUCGGGUUGUAACAAAAAAAAAAAAACGAUGACAAGCAAGAGAGGCAGAGCUGAUGGAGGGGAGCUUCUCGGAGGUGACGACAUGUCAGUGGAUGCGUAUCGGUAAAAAAAACGAUCAUUAAAGACCCGUAAAGUGUGUCGGCUAAGCGGAGCUAGUCGGUUAGCUUCAGUUAUCAAGGAAGUCGACUAGCCACAUUGCUAAUUCGGUCUCAAAUGUAUUACUGGACCAAGGCUCUGCUGAACCGUCUGUGUUAUUAAUAGAGUUAAAGACUCACACCAGACUGCGGAAUACCGUUUUGUUUUUUUAUAUAUAUAAUUGUUGUGGACAUCUCUGUAGGUCACAUUAGUUGGUUAGUUGUAAACAAAGGGUGCCGAGCAACGCCGCACGUCGAGUUGUCUUUGACCGUCUUUUUAUUUAAACUUUCAAACAUGGAUUUAAAGACAGCCGUUUUUAACGCAGCCCGGGACGGGAAGCUCCGUUUGCUCCAGAAACUGUUGGAGAACAAAGAUGGACACGAGGUGACCAAGCUGAUGGGCGAGAAGACGAACGGAGCCACCCCGCUGCUCAUGGCCUCCCGGUACGGACACCUGGACCUGGUGGAGUACCUGCUGGAGUGCUGCGGUGCUCCCGUGGAGGUCGGCGGGUCGGUGAACUUUGACGGGGAGACCAUCGAGGGGGCUCCCCCUCUGUGGGCGGCGUCGGCGGCGGGUCACCUGAAGGUGGUCCAGUCCCUGCUGGGCCACGGGGCUUCCGUCAACAGCACGACCCUCACCAACUCGACGCCCCUGAGGGCAGCCUGCUUCGACGGACACCUGGACAUUGUGAAAUACCUGGUGGAGCACAAAGCCGACCUGGAGGUGGCGAACAGACACGGUCACACGUGUCUCAUGAUCUCCUGUUACAAGGGACACAAAGACAUAGCGCAGUAUCUGCUGGAGAAAGGAGCAGAUGUCAACAGGAAGAGUGUCAAAGGUAACACUGCGCUUCAUGACUGUGCAGAGUCGGGCAGUCUGGAGAUCAUGCGGAUGUUACUGCAGUUCGGAGCGUCCAUGGAGCAGGACGGCUACGGCAUGACACCGCUGCUCUCUGCCAGCGUCACAGGACACACUAACAUCGUAGACGACCUGACGACGCACGAUAAGACGAGCCCGAAGGAACGAAUUGAUGCCCUGGAGCUUUUAGGAGCGACGUUUGUUGACAAGAAGAGGGACCUGCUCGGAGCUUUGAAGUACUGGAAAAGAGCCAUGGACCUCCGGUACACGGACAGCAACAGCAUCGUCCAUAAGCCAGAACCCAAGCAGCUGAUCAUGGCAUACGACUACGCCAGGGAGGUAACAAAUGGCGAGGAGUUGGACGGGCUGAUAUCGGACCCAGAUGAGAUGCGUAUGCAGGCGCUGCUCAUUCGUGAGAGAAUCCUCGGCCCCCAACACCCGGACACGUCGUACUACAUCCGGUACCGAGGAGCGGUGUACGCUGACUCUGGGAACUUUGAGCGCUGUAUCAACCUGUGGAAGUAUGCGCUCGACAUGCAGCAAAGCAACCUGGACCCCCUCAGCCCCAUGACGGCCUCCAGCCUGCUGUCGUUCGCUGAGCUCUUCUCCUUCAUGCUGCAGGACAGGGCCAAGGGGCUCCUGGGGACAUCGGUGUCAUUCGAGGACUUGAUGGGAAUCCUUUCCAAGAGCGUGCUGGAGAUUGAACGUGCCGUUAAACAAAAUGGACCCAUGCCUCCUGAUCCUGCGCAGCUCAGCAAGGCUCUGUCAAUCAUCCUGCACCUUAUUUGUCUUUUAGAGAAGGUGCAGUGUACUACAGAGCAGGACCACUUCAAGAAGGAAACCAUCUAUAGAUUCCUGAAGCUCCAGCCGUGUGGUAAGAACGGCUACAGUCCACUACACCUAGCAGUCGAUCGCAACACCACCUGUGUGGGCCGCUAUCCCGUCUGCAAGUUCCCCUCCCUCACAGUCGCUUCCAUCCUUCUCGAGUGUGGGGCGGAUGUGAACUGCCGCGACGAGGAUGACAACAGUCCCCUUCACAUAGCUGCAACGAAUGGUCACCCUGACAUUAUGAACCUGCUGAUUUCAUGCGGGACUCACUUUGACAGCACCAACGCCUUCCAACAAACGGCAUGCGACCUCCUGGACGAGAAGGAGCUGUCCAGGAAUGUCAUCCAGCCCAUAAACCACACCACGCUGCAGUGCCUAGCCGCCAGGGCCAUCAUCAAGCACAACCUCGACUACCGGGGAAACAUCCCAGAGAAACUGGAGGCCUUCGUCUUGCUCCACAGAUAAUGAACCGUGAAGGAGUGAACGGGUGGAUAUAAAAGAGAAGGUGGUGUGAUUACAUUUGAGUGGACUACGGAGUGCUACAGUUCAACACCUGACCCACAAGGUGUAUAAGGAGCUGAAGACAGAAAUGUGUGGGUUAGUUUUGCAUAUACAAACUGCUUGGAGAUUACGCUUCAUACGAACAAAAAUGUCCUGAUUCAACGACAAUAAACUCAAAAACGAUUUGAGAUAAUGGAGGAAUGAGUUCCCGUUUUCUUCCUCUGCUCUCUCCACAGCCACAGCUCUGACUAUGGGAGAUGUGUCAGGAGUGUAUUGCAACGUGGACAGACAUAGUUGUUUCUCUGGAUGAACUGAGCGAGAGGUUUACAUAAUUUUGCUUUAUAAAAAAAGAAAUAGUUUUUUUUUUUUUGCAUAUUCCACUAUGCUAUUUAUUGAUUGAAACUUGAGAGAUUUUUCUCCAUGCUGGCUCCAACCCGGCCUCAACUUUGCCUGCUUCUCUCUUCUCAAAGCAAGGAUUGAGGCGUUUCUACACAUGCUGGGACUUCAGGUGAUUUUUUUUUUUUUUUUUUUUUUUUUGGUCCCGUCACUGUUGCCAACAGUCAUGGACCCUUGCUAAGGUUAUCAUUCGGUUACAACUCUUUUUUUUUUCUUUUUUGUAGUUUUACAAUGCAUUUAGUUAUCCUCAUGCAAAUCUGCAUCUGCCACGUGGUGUGGAGCCUAGACUCAUUUUGUUAUCAAAGCUUUACGAGAAGGGUUUUAAUGUCUGCGAACACCGCAAGUGCUUUAUUCUUCCUAUGCACAGGCUAGGCUGUUGGAAAGAGAGACUGUUGUAUUCUGUGCCGGCACUCGUCUGUGCAAUAUCUCUCAUGAGUUUUUUUUUGUGUUUACCUCAUUGCUGCCGUUUCCUCAGUGCCCCUUUUACUUCUCUCAAAGACGGUAAAGAGGGUACAAAACCAUUGUACUGAUUGUUGUAAGACGAGUGAAUGAAUUUGAGUGAAUGUUGUCUGUUUAAGAGUGUUUCUUGUAUGCAGAGUGUGGUUUUUGUUUAUUUUUUUUUUUUAGCUUACACAAAUUAUUGAGGACAACAGUUUUGGUUGAAGUGGCACUCGCAGAGAUUCCAUAAUGCACACGACUGCCACAAGAAACCACAGCAGCCAACCUGACUGUCUACAACAGCCUGAGAGUGUGUUGGCUUGUACACAGACAGAAGUGACCUCUUAACAUUCAUACAUGGCUGACCUUUUAAAAAUGCCAUCUUUCUUUUAAACAAUCAUGAUCAAUAAGAAAACAUCUGGGUAGGUAACCAACAUCAGCCCACUGUGCAUGUGCAGCAGCAGCAGCAGGCGCAUAUCAAGCAACCAAUCACUGCAGAGAACCUUUUUUCAUUUGAUCAUUUUGUACAACUGUCCUUCAUUUCUAUGAGAAGUGAAGACGCAGAUGAGUGGGAGGACGCCUCGACAUCUACAAUAGUACAGCUUUGUGAAUUAUCUUGUUUGCACAUUAGCUUUAGAUGUGUGGGUUGAAAAAAAAAAAAGGGCUUUUCAUAAUUUGUAGGAUUUCAUAUUGCAGUCUAUUAAACCUGACAGUUCAAAAGCAGACUUAGAAAAUGUAUGAGGACUCCCAGGGCAACUUGAUUUGAAUCUGCACUUUACUACAGCGGAGUUAAAGAUUUGAUAUGGCAUUAAUCAAGUUCAUGUCUUAAUAACCAGUUUGACAAUAAACCCAUGUUGCACUUG